AUGUUCACUGCAAAUAUGAAAAAUAUGACAUUAUUUGUAAGUUCGCGUAACGCUUUGCUUCCUUUCGCGGUUGCAAAAUCUUAUCAUCCUCUCUUAGAUUUUUUUAAAUAUAAUCGGUGAAAAAUUUGUGUAUCUAUCGAAUUCAUAUUAUUUGCGUGUUAUUUCCGGCAAACAGAAAUUCAACGAUCGAUAAAAAUGCGAUAGUGUAUUGAGCUUAUUUUUUCAAUUUCACAACAGCUUUACUUUGCCAAAGAAGAAAAGAUUGUUGUAAGGUGAAUAAACCUCAUAAAACUAUGACUUAUAUUAUGUAUAAAACAUAAAUUAGUUAUAAGCUACUGUAUAGUUACUUUAAGAUUCAUUCAUCCUUUGUAAUUUUUCAUUCUAUUAUUUCAUUAUGUACUUUCAUCAUGUUUAAAAAAAGCUAGUAUUCAUAAAUGAACUAAGUUUAUUCAAAUAUGUUAUUUUUACGUAUUAACUAUUUUAUCUUUCGUACGUCGAUAUAAUAUAGUCUCAUUUUUUGGAUGAUACCAGAGAAACGUGCAAAUACAGACUACCAUUUUCAUACUAACUCUCCUAAACAAUCUAUUACCAUUCAACGUAUGCUACCUAUGAUUAAAGUUUCAACGUCGGAAGAAAAUUGUAUCAACUUAUAUGUCGUUCCUACUACUUACGACAUCAAUUAUUAAUCAGAUCAUAAAUCGAAAAUAGACGAAAUGAAAAGGAAUAUGUAUGAAAUGAUGACAUCAAUAGAAGGAAUGCUUUAUUUUCUCUUCGGAAUUACAAAGCUCUGUUUCUGAUACAACAGUUCUUAUCCUGAUAACUUCAGUGCUGAAAAUACUUCGGCUGAAGAGGGAAAGCGAAUAAAACCUUAUAUUUUAGUGUUUAACCUAUAAUAUUGGCAUAAAGAAUUCCCUAUUGGGGAACUUUAUUAAGACAUAUACGAGAAAGAGUUUUAGUCGUAGACGUAUCCAAUUUCAUAUGAGCAGAGAAGAUGAAAGAGCUAUCAAAUACAUUCGAUUAUUACAUACUACCGAACAAAAUCCUUUGUAGUAUAGUUGGAAUGUGGCCCAUCGAACAGAAAAGUUCGACGUGUAGCAAAAUAUUUUCAUAUGUCCGUUUAACAUUCACACUAAUAUCACUCAUUAGUGUUUUUGUGCCCGAAAUUAUGUUGAUAGCAGUGAAUUGGGGUAACAUAGAGAUCCUAGCAGGGGCAGGAAGCAUUGUAACCACGCUCGGACAAACGUUGUUCAAAAUGUUUUACCUAAUAGCAAGAAGAGAAAGAUCGUAUAUGCUUUAUUACGAAAUAAAAAGUUUGUGGGAUACUGCCAACGAUUCGAAUGAAAUACAAUCUUACAUACAGUUCGCUUAUUGGGCACGUAUUUGUACGAUAGUUUUUUAUUCAUCUUGCGUGUGCAAUGUGAUCACUUUUUCCAGCGCUGCAGCUGUUGAUUAUUUUAGAUUUGACUACAACGCCAAUAGUACAAGUAACAGUCGACAUUUACCUUUCAUCGUCUGGUACGGCACAGAUAUUUCAGCAUCUCCCAAGUUCGAAAUCGCUUUUAUUUGUCAACUUUUAUCAGCCGCGUUAUCUAUCACUUCAAUCGCCGGUUUGGAUUGCUCAUUUAUGACCACGAUGUUACAUGUGUCUGCUCAAUUUAAAUUAAUCAAUACCUGGAUCAGUAAUAUAGGAACUGAAAUAAAUUGCAAUCCAAAUUACACGCAAAAGAUAAAGGUAGAUCUAACGAGAUGUAUUCGCCAUCAUCAGCGAAUAAUACAUGUGGUGAAUGAGGUGAAUAAUUUAUUAACACCCAUCGUUUUCCUGCAAAUUCUUACUAGCGGAAUAGAAGUUUGUUUAAGUGGGUAUGCAAUUCUCGAUACCGGGAAAGCAGAAGCCGAUCUAGUGAAAUUUAUAUCUUAUUUCAUUUCUAUGGCGGUACACCUCUUAUUAUGGUGUUGGCCUGGUGAAAUCCUCGUUCAAGAAAGUCAAGAAAUAGGUCAUGCAGUCUAUUUCAAUGUACCGUGGUACGAUUUACCGCCAAUUUAUCAGCGACACCUUUGCCUUAUGAUUGUUAGGGCGCAGCAAUAUUCCAGUAUUUCAGCAUUAACUUUCCAAACGUUGUCUAUCCAUACAUUAACGGCCGUAUUCAACACAGCUGCGUCGUAUUUUACCUUAUUACAACAGAUACAACAAACGUAAACUUCAAAGAGACGAGAAAGGCAAUCUAUAAUUCGCUCGUAUUAAAAACAACUUCUAUCGAAAAUAGUCGGAUGUACAUCCAUAAACGUAUAGCAUCUUCAUACAAUUAUCCUGUAGUUAAUUAAAAGAGUAAAUGUUCACUCCUUAUCCUACCUAACAUUAUUCUUCGAUUGAAUGUAGAUUUUUUUUUUUUAUUUAACCAAUGUAAUCUCUAUCGUUAUUUACAUUACAUAAAGUUUACAUACAUAAGCUUGGCCUUAAUAUUCAUAUCUUGUUAUGGAUCUAGAUCAAUAGGUUGAAGCUUUCCAGGAACAAGUGUGUGACUAUGCAAAUUGCUAUUGUGGGGUUAUGUCGCAUUACAUUACAUAAUAAUGGCAGACAGUAAUUCAAUUUCUGGAGUUUUAUAAUGAAGCUUUGUUCCAGUUUGUGGAAUACUGGCAUUGCAACAAUAGAUGAUUUAUGUCCUGCCUCUCAUAACCAUAUUGACACUAGUGUCGCUUAUUAUACCUGCUCGGUCCAAUGAGAAGGCCAGGUUAUAAUUUGCUUGAUCGGUAUUGCUGAUUGUCCUUGUAAUUUCUUGUUUUAGAUUUUUCCUCAAUAUACCAUCGUUUGGACUUUUAGUUCUGAAAAUGUGGAAGGUUCGUAAAGGAAAUUUGGGAGGGGUUCAUCGGUGAUUGACUUGGCUGCAAGCUUUUCCAGUAUCCUAUUUUCAGCAUUCAUAAUUUAGGAUUGAACGCGCGAGACUCUUUUAUGUUACUGUGAGCACCUUUUUUAUAUUUGCUCGAUUUCGUACGUCGAUAAAACAAAGCCUUAUUUUUUGGAUGGCGAUAUGAGAGAUAUGUGCAAAUACAGACUAACCUUUUCAUACUGACUCUCCUAAAAGAAUCUAUUAUUAUUAAACGUAUGCUACUCAUGGUUAAAGUUUCAACGUCGAUAGAACAAUUAUUAAUUAUUAUAUAAAAUUAUAUAAAAUUAAUUAUUAUUCAGGACACAAGUCGAAAAUAAACGUAAUAGAAAGGAAUAUGUGCAAAAUAAUGACAUCAAUAUUGAAAAUACUUCGAUUGAAGAUUGAAAGCGAAUAAAAUUGUUAUGCUUUAGUAUCUAAUCUGUAAUAUUGAUGGACACAGAUGAAUUUUUUCAUGACGAGUAUAAACAGCUUACUGGUUAAAAGACUUUUGUCAUUUUAAGAUAGCCAUAUAUUAUAUUUAAUGUACAUUUUCACAUGAUUUAUAUCUAAUAUUUAUAUCUUAUUUAUAUUUUUAUUUUACAUCUUUAUAUUUACAUCUAGAGAAUUCUUAGUGCUACACGCACUUAGAUACUUAUAUAACUUAAAUGUAAUAACAAAUAUAACUUAGUUCUAAGUUAAAUAAUAUAUAAUUCAUUCUUAUUUGUACAACAUAAUUAUUAUACAAGCAUUUAUUCAAUACUAUUAGAAAUUAAUAGCCACUAUUCUUACAAUAUUAAAAAAGUUAAUAACUUUUUUAAUACUUCUUACAAUAUAAACGCACUGAAAAUCAUAAACAUAACUACAAAACAUUUAGAACUAACAACAACUAAUUUUCUUGAUGUGGUGAAGAUUUCGUGAUUCCUGUUGCAGUUUCCUGAUGUUGCAGCAAAAGCAAUUAUACAACACAUAAAAAGAAAUAUUACUUUCCCUUAUCUUCGAAUAUUUUAAAUUGAAUACAAGAGUGUCGCAACCGUUAGGCUUUAACAUUUAACAACGAAUUCGGAUAAUGACCAUUUAAGAAAAUUAGAAAAAAGAAUUAUGGGGACAUUAACCAGUCAAGAAGAAAUUUUCGUCAAAUUACACGAAUUUCUCAUCAAAGACAAGAAGACGAAAGACGUCCCGCAAAUUGUUUCAUAUAUUUUAUACACUCUUAAAAUAAAUAGUAUACAUAUACAUACAUAUCAUAAAAUACAUUGUUGGUAUUAUAUUACCAUGUAGAAAUUAAAUAUAAAAGAAUAAAUUAAAGUUUAUAUAAAUAGUUUAUAAGGAUCAGUUAACAGAUAUAUUGUAUUACACGCUUAUAACAUUAGUUAGGUAAGAUAGAUUAAUAAUCGCGAAGAUAUUGUUAAAUUUUAACUUUUAUAUAGUAUGUAUAUCAUAAAAAGCUUUAAUACACGUUCAAUGAAAGUUAA